GAGAAGGCUGAGAACCAUCCACCCUCCGGCAACCGACCCACACGGAGCAGCCGUUACCACCACCGCCGACAUGAAGAUGGCCAACUGUGCUGCCCUUCUGGGGCUGGUCCUUCUCGGCUGCCUUUCUGAUCUUGCUGUUGCUCAAAGACGGGCCUCCUGCGGCGCAUACCUGCUGUCUGGAAAAACCAUGAACAUCGCCUGUCCCCGCAACUACGACCCGGUCUGUGGCACCAACGGCCGCACCUACCCCAACGAGUGCUCCCUCUGCAAGGACUUCCUCCGCAACCGUGCUCUUGACAAGAAACACGACGGAAGAUGCGUUAGGGUUGACUGUACCGGUUUCCUGAAGCCUGGCAGUGGUUACAAUAUCCCCUGCACCAUGGAGUACUCCCCCAUCUGCGGCACCAACAGCAUCACCUACAGGAACAAGUGCCAGUUCUGUAAUGCUGUGGCGAGCGGCCUGGAAGUGGACCUGCAGAACUACGGACAGUGCUACACACAGCAAACGAUUGACUGCAACCAGCAGAAGGGCAGCAACCUCAUCUGCACCUCCGAGUACAACCCCAUCUGCGGCUCCGACAGCAGAACUUACGGAAACAAGUGCCAGUUCUGCAACGCUGUCUCACGCAGCGCUGGAGCUCUGUUCUUCAGGCACCUGGGUGAAUGCUAAGCGCUGGAGCUGGACCCUUCAACAUGGCAUUUCCCUCACAAAUUCUUCAAUCAAACAUGCUCUUCCUUGCUCCUUCAAUUGUUAUGCAUCAGUCUCUGCUUUGAUUGAUCAAUAAAUUAAAUGCAGCCACAA